GAGGCCGUCGAACUACAAGAGAGGCAGUCAUCCACGGGCAUCCGUCUACAACAUUCAGGGAAUCCAUGGCUACGCUCGGUGUGCAGAGGAAGCGGGCAUUGCUCCGCAUGUUUUGCAUGUAUAUGCAAGUGUUUGUGAAGGGAAGAUUCUCCUUGUCCGGCUCCACUGUCCAGACGAGGGACACAAGGAAGUUGGAGUGUUUGCUGCGUGCAGUUCGUGCAGUUUCCACCAGGCUGGAAGUCCCCAUGCACCAUUUCAUGAAGUCUGCAACAUGCGCCAUCGUAAACCUAUCCUCGGAGUCUGUUCCUCGGUCGGUGUGGGUGAAGGAGAGAGCGGGCAGAACCUGGAGGGACAUGCACAACCCCGAUUUCAUCAACGACGCGCGUCGGUUCAGGUCGUACUUCCGAAUGCCUGCUCCAUUGUUCAAGACACUCUUGGACUGGCUUCGCCCGCGGUUGGAGAGGCAGCACACCCAAAUGCGGCUGCCCAUUGAACCGGCCCGUGUAUUGGCAUGCGCCCUCAACCGGUUUGCGAGCGGUGAAACUUAUGAGAGGGUCGGAGACAGGUUCGGUCUUGGCCAUGCGACAGCCAUCGAAUGCACACGGCGAGUGACACAGGCAAUCCUUGAUACAAUGUGGGGCCUCAUAUCUUUCCCUGAUGCUGAGGGAAUGACGCGCAACAUUGCAAAAUUUGCCAGACAAGGCUUCGCAAACUGUAUCGGUGCCAUUGACUGUACUCAUUUCUUCUUGGAGAAGCCUGAUAAGCAGCUGGACAGCGACUACCAUGACCGCACACAUAAUUACAGUGUCGUGGCCCAAUGCGUCUCCGACAUGGACCAGCGGAUCCUCGACUUCGCCGUUGGGUGGCCUGGUGCAGUGCACGACAGCAGGGUGUUGCGUAGAUCCUUGCUCUACAGUCGCGCCACACAAGAGGGAUUCUUCGCUGACACAGCAGCAAGGUUGGAUUAUGGGGGAAGGGUGAACCAGUACCUGAUCGGUGAUGCCGGAUAUCCGAACCUUCCGUGGCUUCUGCGACCGAUUCCUGGCCAACCACAAGGCGAUCGCAAAAGAUUCAACGACGCACACGAGUCGGUGAGGAAGUGCGUCGAGCGUUGUUUUGGACGGCUCAAGGGGAUGUGGCGUGUCCUGUACAAGCAUCAGAAGGGCGAUGUCGAUGGGAUAAACGCCCAGAUCCAGGCAAUCGGAGUUCUUCACAAUUUUUGCAUUGAUGGCAAUGUCUAUUUUAACGUCGAACGCUUCAUGGCCAGGCAUCGCAAUCUGGGUCUGUUCAAUCAACAUGAUGAUGAAGGUGGUGACGCCGGCAUCAAUGAGCAAAGUGGAGAUGCAGCGAGGGAUGAGGUGGUCGCCCACAUGGCAUUCAGAGCAUUCAGAGCACCACGACGUGGAUGAGCUUGGCAUCAACCCUUCAUCAGAUGUUGAUCGUUUUGAUGGCUUUGUAGUGGGUGUACGCACUAGUUUCCAGUGCAUUGUGCCGUCUUUGCUUCUCCGACGAACACAAUGCUCAAGAGCGAUAAAUUACUUAACUUCAU